CCUUUCAAGCCACGGUAUCGUCCCUUUUUUUCCCGCUAAUCCUGUGUCUGAAUCACAACCGUCAUGGCCGCCGUCUCACGGCUGAGUAAGCUCGCCGUCGCCGUCGUAGCCACCGUAGCUGGCGGCUCAAUUAUUCUUCAGCCUUCUCUCUCCUCCAAUGACCGUGGUACCAGUGAUCAGGCGCUUGAAUCCUACAGGAGUAAGAUCAAUGAUCCAACUGCAGUCGUUCCGCGGCGAUCAGUCCAGGAGUCGGCUCUGAUCGGGGCUAGUUCUUUAAAUCCUCUUGAUAUUCUCGUCAUCGGCGGAGGCGCUACCGGCUGUGGCGUCGCCCUCGAUGCUGUUACUCGUGGACUUCGUGUUGGCCUCGUUGAGCGCGAGGAUUUCGCUUCCGGUACGUCUUCGCGUUCGACGAAGCUCAUUCAUGGAGGCGUGCGGUAUGUGGAGAACGCAGUGUUUAAUUUGGAUUAUAAGGAGCUUAAACUGGUGUUUCAUGCGCUUAAAGAGCGAAGGCAGUUCAUCGAAAAUGCACCACAUCUAUGCCAUGUUUUGCCGUGUAUGACGCCGUGUUUUGACUGGUUCGAGGUCGUUUACUAUUGGAUUGGGUUGAAGAUGCACGAUUUUGUUUCUGGUCCUUGCCUCUUACACUUGUCAAGGUACUAUUCCGCUCAAGAGUCUGUGGAGCUCUUCCCUACCCUGGCUACGAACGGCCAGGGAAGAAGUUUGAAAGGCACUGUGGUGUACUACGAUGGGCAGAUGAAUGACUCGCGGGUUAAUGUGGGGCUGGCUUGUACUGCCGCUCUGGCUGGUGCGGCGGUGCUUAACUAUGCUGAAGUUGUGGGGUUUUUGAAGGAAGAGGGUAGUGAUCGAAUUAUUGGUGCGCGGAUUCGUGACAAUUUGUCAGGUAAAGAGUUUGAUACCUAUGCAAAGGUGAUUGUCAAUGCUGCUGGACCAUUUUGUGAUUCAGUGAGAAAGAUGGUUGAUAAAGAGGCAGUGGCUGUGAUCUGUCCCAGCUGUGGUGUCCAUGUGGUUCUCCCUGAUUAUUAUUCUCCCGAAGGAAUGGGUCUAAUUGUUCCCAUGACUAAGGACGGGCGUGUGGUUUUUAUGCUGCCAUGGUUAGGACGAACGGUUGCUGGAACCACAGAUUCCAACGCAGACAUCACUAUGCUUCCUGAGCCUCACGAGGAUGAAAUCCAAUUUAUACUGGAUGCAAUCUCUGGUUACCUUAACGUGAAGGUGCGGCGAACAGAUGUUCUCUCAGCUUGGAGUGGUAUUCGUCCUUUGGCUAUAGAUCCGUCAGCUAAAAGUACCGAGAAUGUUUCAAGAGAACAUGUUGUUUGUGAGGAUUAUCCUGGAUUUGUCACAAUUACUGGUGGGAAAUGGACUACUUAUCGGGGCAUGGCAGAAGAUGCUGUUAAUGCAGCUAUAAAGUCUGGAAAGCUGAAGCCAACAAAUGAAUGUGUAACAGAAAAGCUGCGGAUAGUUGGUGGAGAUGGAUGGGAACUUGCAUAUUUUACUGUCUUAGCUCAGCAAUAUUUACGUAUGAAGAAGACUCUUGGAGGUAAAGUUGUCCCCGGCGUUAUGGAUACUGCAGCUGCAAGACAUUUAUCACAAGCGUAUGGUGUUUUAGCUGAAAGAGUGGCUGCUAUAGCCCAGAAUGAGAGUUUGGGGAAGCGAUUAGCUCACGGUUACCCCUUCUUGGAAGCCGAGGUUGCAUACUGUGCUCGGCACGAGUACUGUGAAUCUGCAGUAGAUUUCAUCGCCAGAAGAUCACGUCUCGCAUUCCUCGACACACAUGCUGCUAACCACGCAUUGCCUCGAGUAAUUGAGAUAUUGGCGGCUGAACAUAAUUGGGAUAAGUCAAGGCAGAACCAAGAACUGCAGAAGGCCAAUAAAUUUUUAGAAACUUUCAAGUCUUCAAGAAAUGCUCAGUUCCAUGAUGGAAAACAUGAUUAGUGAGUUCUUCUAAUGCUUUUUGCUUCUUAAAUAGAUCCGUUCACACAUGUUCGUGAUUGUAAUCUCUUCUCGUGUUUGAAUUCAAGGCUUUUCAGCCCCACCCGACCGGGCAGGAGAGGAGAAUGUUUCAAGAACUCGACACACACACACAGCUAUGAUCAAACACAUCAGGUGAAAAUACAUAUACUUACUUUGCACCUUGCCUUUUAAAUUGUAAUUGCCCUUGGCUGAGAAUAUGCCAUGCACCAUAUAGGCACCACCCUACGUACAUACCAAAGGAAUAAAUAACUCAAA